AUGCCCGCGCUCUGGACUCAGCUCGACGGCGCUCGCAGCUCUGCUCCGCGACUCCACCCGUCCGCGACUCCACCCGCUCGCAGCUCUGCUCCGCGAUUCCGCGACGUCCACCGCGACCGCGAGCCCGCGCCGACUCUGCUCCGCGAGGCAGCACCGACGCAGCACUGCAGCACAAGCCAACAGGAAAGAAUGACAAGUCCACCUUCUGUCAACAAUGAGAAUUAUGAUCCUAAAACUGACAAAGCAAGAAAAGCCAACUCAAAUGAUCCAGGCUGGAAGUAUGGAUAUUGGGUGAAGCAGCAUCUGGCAGGUGGAUAUGGAGAUACAAAAAUGUGUCCUAAUACCACCACUGCUAUUAGGAAGGAGAUGAGAGAGUACCUGGAAUCUAAUAAGAGGGCGAGGCCAUUGUUCCUAGAGGAACAAGCAGAUGUGGUGGAGGUGGAAGCAAUAGCAGCCCCAGCAGCUGGAGCUGAAUCUGUUGAGGUUGAAGACACUGCACCUGCAGAAUCUCAAGCUUCCAAGGUGCAGCCAAGUUCAGGGACUGCAGCUAAACAAAGGCGUGCAAAUUAUUUAUUCAAGGCUACUGCAACAGCCAAUGCAAAGGCAAAGCCGAAGGGUAACAAGUCAGUUGCUGAGAUGCUUCGGAAAACGCCUGAAGAAGUUGUCGAUGAAAGGCGUAAAGGAUGUUCACAGCCAACAAUUCCAGCCAAGAUAAGGACCAAAGAGGAGAAGCACUAUGUGGAUCAGCAGUGGGCCUUGUGGUUCUAUGAGUGUGGUGUGCCAUUUAAUGCAGCAGCAGCAAGACAAUUUGAGAUUGCAGUUGAGGCAACUGCACAAUUUGGUUCGGGUUACAAGCCUCCUACUCCCUAUAUGUUAGGUGAACCAUUGCUUAAGGAUGCUGUGAAAUUGACCAGUUCUAUGAGGGAGGAACAUGAGCAAGCUUGGAAGAUGUAUGGCUGCACACUUAUGUCAGAUGGCUGGACUGAUAAGAGAGGCCGCCAUUUGAUCAACUUCCUUGUGAACAGCCCUGCGGGGACUUAUUUCUUGGAGUCUGUUGAUGCAUCAAGUGAGGUACAUGAUGCAUUUAUGCUUGCUGAUUUGUUGCAGGCAAAGAUUGAGAAGAUUGGGAAAGACAAGGUGGUUCAAGUUAUCACUGAUAAUGGGGCUAAUUACAAGGCAGCUGGUAGAAUUCUAAUGGAAAGAAUUCCUACAUUGUAUUGGAGCCCAUGUGCUGCACAUUGCUUGGAUCUUAUGCUAGAAGAGAUAGGGAACUUGAAAGAAUUUAAGAAGCCCAUUGCAAGAGCCAAAUGUGUCACAACUUUCAUCUAUAGGCAUGGAAGAAUUCUCAGUUUGAUGAGAGAAAAGACAGGGGCUGAUCUAGUGAGACCUGCAGCCACUCGAUUUGCCACAUCUUUCCUCACUUUAAAAAGUUUGUACAAGCAUAGAGACGCUUUGAAGGCUUUAUUUGUUAGUGAAGAAUGGAUGGGUAACAAAUUGGCAAAAACUGCAGCCGGUCAAGAAGUGCACAACACUGUGCUCUCUGUGGAAUUUUGGAAUUCAGUUGAAGAUUGUCUUAGGGCUUGGGCCCCUCUUCUUAUCGUUCUUAGGGUGGUAGAUGGUGAUGAGAGGCCUGCAAUGCCAGAGGUUGCAGCACUAAUGAAUCAUGCGAAAGAGAAGAUCAAGCUCAGCUUUGCUACUGAAAACAAGAAAACCUUGCUCAAGAAUAUCAUUAAGAUCAUUGAGAAACGUUGGGUGACACAAAUGGAUCAUCCUUUGUAUGGGGCUGCACUAUAUUUGAAUCCAGCAAGACUAUAUUCUCUCAUACAAGCUAAUGAUGAUGCAACUGUUGGGCAGUUAAGAGGUUGUUUUCUUGAUGUGCUUGGAAGAAUGGUGCAAGAUAAAGAAAUUAGAAGCAAGAUUGAUGCUCAAUCCUUGGACUAUGAAGGCCUUAGAGGAGAUGCAUUCUCAAACAAAUUGGCCAAGCAAAACCUACAGAAUUUGAACCCUCUUGAUUGGUGGUGUUCAUAUGGUGGUCGUGCUAUUGAGCUUCAGAGGUUUGCUAAACGCAUUAUGCAUACAAAGAAAAGAAAUAGGUUGCUGCAUAAGAGAUUGAAUGACAUUGUGUUUGUUUCCUAUAACCGGAAGAUGAAGACAAGGUUUCAGUUAAGGCGUGAGAAAAAAGGGAAAAUUUUUGAUCCUUUAGUCAUUGAGGACUUUGACUGGGACAAUGAGUGGGCUGAUUCCUCCUAUGUUCAUCCUCAAGGUGCCCGUGGGUGUGACAAUGGUGACAAUGGUAAUGGCCUUACAUGGGAACAUGUGGAUGAAGCUGUUGGUGCAUCAAGCUCGCUGCGUGGCCGCAAUCUUCCAAGGAAUGCCAGCAGCAAGCGUGCAAGAUAUGGAGAUCCACAUGACUUGGUUCUGUCCAAUGAAGAAGAGGAAGAUGAAGAUCCACGUGACGAUGCUGAUGUGAGUGAUUGUGAGCAGGAUCCCAAUGGCUCCAAUGGUGGCAGCGAAAACAUGGAGGCUCCAAACAUCCUUGAUGAGUUUGAUGAUGGAUAUUGA